UUUUACUCCCGAAGGUAGAGGUGGUCAUGUAGCCGCGAUAGUUAAAGAUAGUAUUUAUUUUAUGGGAGGCUCUCGUAGAGUUUCAGAUGAAAAUGAAAUAAAAAAAAAGUAUCCAAUAAGAGGUUAUAAUUUAUCAGAUGAAGUUUUUUCCUUGGACCUUACGUCAUCAUUCUCUACAGUUAACCCACCAUUUAUUGAUCUUUCUGGCACUUCACGAAUGAUAUAUGGAAGUAUAAAGGGAGCCGCAGUGUCAGGUGGAGCUAAUAAAGAUGACGUGUAUCUCGUUGGAGGUACAUUACAAAACCUUACACUCCUUAAUCAAAUAGACCAUAAUGAAUCAAUAUCGAACCAAUCACUAAUGUUAAACGAAUUAAUUAAAACUUGGAAUGUAACUGAUAGAGAAAUGAGAGAAUUAAAUAUUUUUAUUUACCGCCCAACUACACAAUCUUGGUCGAUUCCUUAUAUUAGAGGAGGACCACCAAUUAGACGUAGAUCAACUUCAACGGUAAUAACUCAGGAUGGAAAGAUAUAUAUAUUUGGAGGAAGAGCUGAAAUAGAUACUGGAUCACCUGCCUUGAUUCAUUUUAAUGAUAUCUAUCUUUAUGAUACCAUUACGCCAAGAUGGACUAAAAUUAAUGCAAGCAAUGCCCCUUCUGUUCGAAGUCAUAGUACUGCGAUGUUACUUCCAAAUGGUAGAAUUCUCUAUAUUGGAGGUGUUUCUUACUCUCAAUCUGGAGACACAAAUCUAAUUGAUAUGAACAAUAUCGCAGUAUUCGAUACAAAUUCUUUAACCUGGUCAUCCAAACAAGCAACAGGGAUUCCUAUUCAGGCUCGAGUAGGCCAUACGGCGACCUUAACACCAGAUAAUAAAAUCAUUAUUAUAGGCGGCCUUGCAUAUGAUGCAGUUACAGCACAUCCG